UCUUUUACAAAUCGUCUGACAAUUUUUAAUAACUUUACUUCAACAUUUGAAAGUGAGUUAAGCUUUACAAGUUAGUGUCAUCGGUUAAAGUAAACUCAACAUUUCAACAAUCUUUAACUGUCAACAACCAAAAAAUGAAUCCAACGAUUGUUAAAUGUGUUACAACAAUAUUAUCCCUCAAUUUAAUAACACUGGUUCAUUGUCAAGGUGAAGAUCUUGGUGGCCUUGGUGGCUUAGGUGAUCUAGGCGGACUCGGAGGUGGAGGUGGUGACCUCGGCGGCCUAGGAGGCUUAGGUGGUGGUGGUGGUGAUUUAGGUGGACUUGGAGGUGGAGGUGGUGACCUCGGAGGCCUCGGAGGAUUAGGUGGUGAAGGUGGAGGCCUCGGAGGCCUAGGUGGUGAAGGUGGAGGCUUCGGUGGAGGUCCCGGUGGUUUUGGUGGAUUUGGCGGAGGCCAAGGUGGUGGAUUACCUGGAGGCUUUGGUGGCUCCGGUGGAGGUAUUCCUGGUGGAUUUGGAGGUGGCCAAGGCGGUGGAUUUCCUGGACUUGGUGGAUUAGGUGGUGGACAAGACUUUGGUCUUGGUGGUCUCGGAGGCGGACAAGGUUUCGGUGGAGGCCAAGGACUUGGCGGUGGCCAAGGACUCGGUGGACUUGGAGGUCUUGGAGGACUUGGUAUUCCUGGUCUUGGUGGACUUGGUGGCUUUGGUCCUGGUGGUGGUGCCGGUGGAGCUGGAGGUGGUGGAGGUUUACCCGGUCUUGGUGGACUUGGUGGACUUGGUGGCUUCCGAGCUUAACCCAUUUGAUCUUGCCUUUUGACCCAACAACCUCGGAACACUUUAUUUAUAUGAAAAAAAACCAAAAAACCUAAAUCAAUUAUAUUCUUGAAGCCAAUUACAGUUUCUUUUUUGUUAACUGUUGAGAGAAACUGUUUUAUUAAUUUAAGAGUUAUUUCCCCUCUUUUUCACCAUUUUGAUGCUCAAUCGAUUGAUGAUUAACUAAUGAGAAAUGGUGAUUACUGGAUUAUAAUGGCGCUGAGUAUGAUCGUGGUGAUGAUGCAGAUAAUUAUUGUUGUAAUGGUGGGCACAAUUAAACUAUAAAACACAUUAAGAUCAAAGCAUCAACUUGUAAUCGUUGUUAUCACCAUAUCCAUAUAAAUAUCAUAAUUAUCGUCAAUA